GGGAACAGGAAAUGAACGCUCUGUUUUGGACGACACUACUCCAAGACAGACGGUGAGUUUCGCCUCUAGUUUUAUCACUUAAAAUGCAUUUUUCUGUUGUUUAGAAUUUAUGGCGUGGCGUUAAACUAUUGGUAGGUUUCCUUUUCACUUUUCUUUUCCUUUUCGGAUGUUUGCGCCAGAAGAAUAUCGCGAUAAACGAAAUUCAACUUUGAUGAGGGAUGUCAGUUUAACGUCAAUUAAAGAUAGAAUGGGUGAUUUUCGUGUAGUCGUCUACAUUUGUUCGUCAUUUUUACAAUUUUGAAGUAGUUUGUGGUAAAAGUAACCGGAUAACUGUGAAAAAGUGAGCUCGUUUGUGGGUCACCUGUCUGGUAAAUGUACUGAAGAGUAAAACCAAAGUUUUAAUCUUAAAUUUGAUUCCUGUUAAGUUUAUAUGGACUUGUGCAGGACACCUGUUACCUGUUUGAAUCCUGGCGCCUUAUAGGCUACAGGUAGACUCCAUUGUGGAUCAGGUUAAGGGGACAUCUGAACAGCCUGAUCUCACAACAAUGUGUGUGUCUUUGUGUAUAUGUGUCUUUGUGUGUAUGUGUGUGUGUUUGUCCUGGGUGGGUGCUGGCAUAAGGCCUCUCUUUGUCAUUGUGGUGCGAACUGUAACAGGAGGAGAGAGGGAGAGAGAGAGAGAGGGAGAGGCCAUACACACACAACCCAGCAGAACCGAGCCUCUAAGACAAACCGAGCUGUUGGGUUUUGGCUGCCCUCUGGGUUUUGAUUAUGAAAUCUUCUCUUUCACACAUAGUGAAAUGUGGAAAUCGCCUUUGGUUAAAGUAACUGAUAUAACAGGGUAACACUUAUUAUACACUGAGUGAUUGUAUAACACCCGGUGCACUGAAAUAAACAGGCAGAAUAGAAGUUGAGAAUGGAUUAAAAGGUUCACAAAAGGAGGAAAAGGCCACUUAGUACUGACUCUUUCUGUAAGUCAUUUAAAGGGAUAUUCCGGCGUAAAAUUAAUGUAGGGUCAAACACACCGUAACACCGAGUUAGACAACCCAUCGAGAGAUGAAUGUUGCCGACCGCUUGCUUCUCUUGUUGUACCAACUUAGUAAUGACCGCACGAUAGCAAUACAGAGAGCCACGCGCUCAACCAAAAAGCUGCUCUAUAGCCACAAAUAAUGCUCAGAACAGCACCUAACUUCAUCCAGUACAUAUAGGGUCCAAGCCACAGCACUAGUCACCAAACAUCUUUUUAACUUUGCCUGAUAUCUGUAGCAAAGAGACUAAACACAACUAACCCACUCUCCUCCAGCAGCCGCUUGUUUGUACGGAGCCCUCUGGGUGAGUCCAUCGACUGCAGCGGGGUGACGCAGCUCAAGGAAGAACAUUUAUGAUCAUUUUUUCAUGGAAGUGCAAUCAGACCGAGACGCUAACGCAGAAAAACGACCGAGUCUGCAGUGUAAAAUGAUUAAUAUGAUGAUUUUUACUUCAAGGAAAUGAUAAAGUAAUGAUCAUAAAUGUUCUUACUUAAGCUGUGUCACCCCUGCUGCAGUUGAUGGACUCGCCCAGAGGUCUCAUUACAAACAAUUGGCUGCUGGACAAGAGUGGGUGAGUUGUGUUUAGUCUCUUUGCUAAAGACAUUAGGCAAGCUAAAAAGAUGUUUGGUGGCUAGUGCUGUGGCUGGGACCCUAUAUGUACUGUUGAUGAAGUUAGGUGCUGUUCUGAGCAUUAUUUGUGGUUGUAGAGUGGCGUUUUGGUAGAGAUUUGUGCGUGGCUCUCUGUAUUGCUAUUAUAUGGUCGUUAGUAAAGUUGGUAUAACUAGAGAAGCAUGCGGUCGGCAACAUUCAUCUCUUGAUGGGGUUGUCUAACUCGGUGUUACGUUGUGUUUGACCCUAAAUUAAUUUUACACAGUAAUAUCCCUUUAAUGUGCUGUGUAUAAAUGUUUUCCAACUUUGUCCUGUCUAAGAAUACCUAAAAGAAAGCACCUGUAUUUCUCCUUCAGCUGCUUUUCAGUGAACUUCCUCAGGACAAACUAAUUCAAGUUAUCACUGCUUUGAAAAGCUGAAAAAGUUUCCUGGUUGUGUUGAAACUUCUCAGACUAACUCAGUUGCCAAGUGUCACCAGGGCAGAGUAGCAGCUAGUAAAUAUAUUUUUCUGAACAGGUUAAAACGCGUAGCUUUCAUCCUCCCUGCCUGAUCUUCUUCCCCCUAACACCUGAGCUCGACCUCUCGUCACCGCGAUGGACAACCUAGAGGAGGACCUGACCUGUUCAGUGUGCUAUUCUCUGUUCUCUGACCCGAGAGUUCUGCCGUGCUCUCACACCUUCUGUAAGAGCUGCCUGGACAACCUGCUACAGGUGUCCACCAACUACUCCAUCUGGCGCCCGCUCCGCCUGCCGCUUAAAUGCCCAAACUGUCGAAGCGUGGUGGAGCUGCCUCCGGCAGGUGUUGAAGCUCUUCCCACCAACGUUUGUCUGCGGGCCAUCAUUGAGAAAGUAGGAGAGAAUCACCCUGAAAUAUCAACCCUUUCACUGCAGUCUGAAGUACUCCAGAUGUGUUUACAGUCAGCUUGUUUUUUGCUCAUCUUUACAGUACCAGAAGGAAACAGAGCCGCGACCCCCUCCCUGUGAGGAGCACAACAGGCAGCCCCUUAACAUGUACUGCAUCCAGGAUCGGCAGCUGAUCUGUGGGAUGUGUCUGACUGUUGGGGAGCACCAGGGCCACCCCAUAGAUGACCUGCAGGCCGCCUUCAUCAGAGAAAAACAGACUCCAUCGCUGCUGCUGGCCAGACUAUCCGAGAGAAGAUGGGCUCAGGUGGGGAACUGAUAAAAAAAUUGUCUGAACACAUUUGAAAACCUGUUGUUAAAACCCAUUUAGUGCAACUUUUACAGAAAGAUACUUAAAACUCCAUUCUGCCAGGUGUGUGAGCUGGGGGAGCAGCUAGAGCAGGAGAAAGCCCGCUGUGAGGGUCUCGUGAGGCAGGACCGACAGGAGGUCAAUCAGUUCUUCCAGACGCUGGAGGCAGUGCUCACCCGGAAGAGACAUGCCUACCUGGAGGCUCUGGAUAAAGCUGGAGUGGAGGUGUCACGGGCUUAUGAUCCCCUCAUACACAGAGUCAAGGAGCUACAGGUGUGUUUGUAAUGUCACCAUGUUCACACAUUCACAGUUCCCCAAAAUCUCAAUAUUGACGCAUGAAUGGGUCACCACAGGAAGUGAACACUUGAGGCAAUCAUUUUUAAUGUGGAUACAUUUUAUUAUCAGUCUUAUACAAAGACAUUAAAGAGAUAUUCUGGCGUAAAAUUAAUUUAGGGUCAACACAAAGUUAGACACCCCCUUGAGAGAUUAACGUUGCCGACUGCUUGCUUCUCUAGUUUUACCAACUUUAGUAACGACCGCAGGAUAGCAAUACACAACGGUCUGAGGAGCCAUAAACAAACCUCAACCCAAGAGCCACUCUAUAGCCACAAAUAAUGCUCAGAACAGCACCUAACUUCAUCAACAGUACAUAUAGGGUCCUGGUAACAGCACUAACAACCAAACAUGUUUUUAACUUUGCCUAAUUUCUUUAGCAAAGAGACUAAACACAACUCACCUACUCUCUUCCAGCAGCCGUUUGUUUGUAGCGAGACCUCAGGCCAGUCAAUUAUGGACCGCUGCGGGGUGACGCAGCUCAAGGAAGAAAACUUAAAAUCUUUACUUUAUCAUUUCCUUGAAGUAAUAAACACCAUAUUAAUCAUUUUACACUGCAGAUGUGGUAGUUCUUCUGCCUUAGCGUCUCAGUCUGAUUGCAUUUCCAUGAAGUAAUGAUCAUAAAUGUUCUUCCUUGAGCUGUGCCCCACUGUAGUCCUUAAUGGAAUGUCCUGACAUAUAACUACAAACAAGCGGCUGCUGGAAGAGAGAAUGUGAGUUGUGUUUAGUCUCUUAAAGAAAUCAGGCAAAGUUAAAAAGAUACUUGGUGGCUAGUACUAUGGCUGCGACCCUUUAUGUACUGUUGAUGAAGUUAGGUGCUGUUCUGAGCAUUAUUUGUGGCUAUAGAGUGGCGUUUUGGUUGAGGUUUGUUUAUGGCUCUUCAGACUGCUGUGUAUUGCUAUCGUGUGGUUGUUACUGAAGUUGGUAUAACUAGAGAAGCAAGCGGUCUGCAACAUUCAUCUCUCGAGGGGGUGUCUAAUUCUGCUUUACGGUGUGUUUGACCUUAAAUUAAUUUUACGCUGGAAUAUCCCUGUAAGAAUUGAUAUGCUCAUUUACACUGCAUUCAUUAGACUGGGAACUUUCUACUCUCUUUAACGCAUCCCAAGACAUUUGUAGGAUUUAAUAGGUUUUUAUAUUGUGUUAAAAAAAAGGAUGACUCAGUACAUCUGAAUCUGCCUUUGGCUACUUCAGUGAUGCCCUUUGGUGGAUAUGAGGCAUAAAAGUUUGCUUCUUUAUAGUCACUAGGUUUUUUAAAAUUGGUCUGAUCUGGUGUCCUGCAGGAGGAGCAGCUGGACCUGGUGUCUUUGGGUUCUUCUGUCGAGGAGGAGGACUCGCCGCUGGUCUUCUUGGAUAGGGUGCAUAUGUUCAGAGAGAGAGUGGAGGAGUUCAUUAAAACCCCUCUACCGUCGGUGAUCAACCUCUCUCUCAGCCCGCGGGCGUCUGAGUUCCUGCAGCAGCACUGGCCUGCUGUGACCGUCGGCAGCCUGGAAGAAGCCCCCAUCCCUAAACUGUGCUGCUGCUGCGCCCGCUGCGGUGAAGCCGACGCAGAGACCGACGCAGAGAGGGAUCAGCCUGACAGUUGGCUGCAAGAUCUCCAGCCGACUUCUUUGGCGGUGCUGCUGGGGCUGCUGCUGCUGCUGCUGGCUGCGCUGUGGGUCAACCCGGUGGGAGGGGCGUCGCUCGGUUUCUCUCUGCUCUCUCGGUUUAGUCAGGUGGUGCACGGCCUGAGCAGUGAACUGAUCACAUGCAUGUGGGGGACAGUGGAGUCAAUGUACGCAGUGAUGGAGGUCACAAUAGGAAGAUGGAGCUGUUGCGUCAUGUCAGUGGGAGAUAAAGCCCUCCAGCAGGUAACCAACUUAUUCAAAACACCAACAUCUCACUGAAAACACCAACUGGAACUCUUUUGUAAAUCUCACUUUCAUGUUCACGCUGUUAAGGAAAGUCCACUUGUGAUUUCUUUCAAACUGAGGGUGGACUCUUUUUUUGCCGUUGCCACAUUAGAGAAUUCCACAGAUCCUGAGCGUACCUAAAUAAAAGCCUUUAUGAUCUUUUAUUUCUCGUAAACAUAAAAAUGUAAAAGCACGGUUUCUAUGCAGCUACAAAUCUUUUUAAUAUAUUUGUUAUGAAGUGUAACGCUAUGUGCAUUAUUCUAGAUCACAACCACGCUGCCUUGUUGAGGAUCCAAACACUAAUGAAGUAUUACAAAAAGUGUGAUAUUUAGAAAUGUGAAACUAGUGCCUUUCUUUCCCAUCAUGCAGUGGGAUUUUUUGAGUACUGCGCUCCAGUCUCCGUUUAUGAACUGUACAGCCCGACAAGUGCUCCUGACUCCAAAGUCCACAGAUCAUGUUACAGGGAUGAUGAUUCCCAUCUCUGUGCAUUUAACCCUCUUGCUUUUACCUCAGCCCACUUAACAGCCUUAUUUCAGAGGACUGUUAUUCCACCACGAUCAAUAGGUCUUACUUAGGACUGUGCUCUUUGUAUUAAAACGGUGCAGGAACAGUCUAUUUGAAAAUCUUCAUACCAAAGAUGAUACCGUCUCGCUCGAGUAGAUACCAUUUCAUAAAGUUGUUACUACAGACACCACGUAGGGACCAGUUUGUAUGUGUAGUUAAAUGAUAUACACAGACCUCUUCAUGUUGCUGCAAUUGUCAAUAUUCAUUAUGAGUGUUUUAAAACAAAAUAUCGUAAUAAAUUUUUCCAAAGACCUCUUUUUCUUGUGUUGGAAUUUCAAAGACUGUGUGCAACAAAAGUCAAUUACUAUGAAUGUAUCUGCAAACCUACAAUAAUGAGAGUUUAAUAAAGUGACUGAGUCGAAGAGA